GGGAUAGUACUGAUCAACGCUCAAACUCCAGGAGAGGAUAUGUCCUUCCAACCCCCCCAGUGCAACAAGUUGCGAUCAGAGAAAUCAUCACGAGACCCUGGACUACCUCCUGAUCAAAAGAUAGGAUAUACAACGAGUCAAUGAACUACGCAAAGCGUCGGACUUCAAGCGCUCACGCUCGAGUCUUGUCUAGUGACUAGCAUCUUCUACGUGCGUCGACCUUGCCCACCUUUUGGUAUCAUCCACAAUCGACCACUACACAGGCGAGUUCUCUUUUUUAGAGCACGUUCAGUUUAUUCUCCGACGAUAUUCUCCUCGAUGUUGCUCGCCAUCUGAGCGUUCGUGGUGCUAGUCUUGCGCGACGAGUUUGUCGUGCACUAUAUCGUGUAACAACUACUAAGUAAUUAUGGAUUGAAUUUCUGCAUCGGGAUGUCGUGACGCGAGGAAUACCAAUUGCCCCAUAUUGUCGUGCUCUCGAUACACUCUCGGCUUUUCAAGUGGAGUGUUUGGUCAAGCACGCUUUGAGAUUGCAUGAGAAUUUCUGAAAAUCUAAAGUUCCUUGUCGACAAACUAGUUCAAUGCAAUUUGACACGUUCACUUGGGUUCGGCUAACCCUUGGUCAAUGGCUCCUGGUUGCUUCGUCUGAUUCAUCGACCAGUGCAAUAUCCCUCUGGAGAACAUCAUCUAAUCUUACCGAAAAUUCUGCGGGGCCCCCAUGGCAGAAGCCUUCCUACCGGCUCCAGUCUUUGAUGGACUCGUCGACAUUGAGGAUCACCACAUUUCAUUGCUCUCAGCCUUCGAAGAAGAACACCUUGGGUUGCGCUUCUGACUCUGACAAUCCUGAUUCAGAGACCCGUGUUUCAGGAGCUGGCUGCUUUCUCGGAUAUCUCAUACGUCCGGUUUCUGCGUGGCUCUUAUAUGGGGUUUGCUCUUGAUCACGAAAUAGCCUCUCAUCAGUACUUAACUGGACCACUGGCGACAUAGAGCACCUUCAGACAGCAAGGGAGGCUGCAUCGACAUGUGUCUUUCCUCGACUUGGCUCGCGACUAUCUCUCCGUACAAGCUGGUAAUUUAUGUGCUAGACAGCGACACAGUCCCACGAUAUCAGUUCUCGCGAUCUCUCAACAUGCCGACAACUGUCGCAUUCGCGAAGCCCAUGGCAGGUCCCGCGUGCGGAGAUUCGUGUCAAGGCAAGAGGGAAAUCUCUCUAUGUAUCAGCAAUUACAAUGGCGUCUUCAUUUAUCGCGUCGACUGUCUUCCCGAACAGAGCCACCUGGAGCUCAUAUUGACCUGGAAAUAUAGUCCAACAUUCAAU